UUUAUGCUGAGCACCAGGCGUAACAGGUCGUCGAAAGAGUCACGUAGUUGGUUUUUUAUUUGUGUUCAAACCACGCGCAAAGAGGGACACGGUAUAUGGUCCUUGCAACGAGGACAGUUUCUCAUGUUAAGAUGCACCGACGAGGAGAGAGAGAGAGGCUUUGCACACUUUUCCUAAUUUUUUUACUGUGGUUGAAGUGAGAGAGAAACUUGUCAUCCGACCCUUUUUCUCUCAUUCCGUCGGCAUCUUGUUCAUGCAUUUAUUUCUGGCUGCCGUCGCAUGUCCCCUCCCACUCCUCGCUUUGAUGGAUUUUCAUUUUGAUUUCGACCCUUUCUCAGCUCUGUUUAGUGGUCUUAUAAAGUAAAGCGAUACUCUUGUUCUGACGUUUUUACUAGCAUAGAUAUUGCUUCAUAAAAGACUAGCUACACUCUCUCGUGUAAAAAAGUGACAGGUAAAGUAGAUUAUUGUAGUACAAUCUCAAAGCAGUUUCGAGAGAAAAUAAAGUAGAAAAAACGAUAACAAGAUGGCGUUCGUACGAAGAGAUUCGCGGUUUCGCGAGUGUUUGGGGUCAGUCGCCUUCCCAUACGAGCCGAAUCGCUACGUUCUAUACGUUUCACCAGCGUGUCCAUGGGCGAAUCGCACGAUGACAGUGGCAUUAUGACUGGAAAAAUAGUGUGUGGAGUAUGAAAUGUCCUUUUUCAAGAUCGAAUGAGGGAUAGCCUCGUCUGUAGUUUCUCCUGAGGACUAGGAAUACCAUCUUCACGAGUUCUUCUAUGUAGUUGUUGAUUUCGAUUUUUAUUGAAGUGUAUCAACGAGAACGACAUUCUCGUCCUCUCGUUUCAUUCGCGAAGUUGCGCGGGCUGACCAAUAAGGAAUUGCCAAUCGUGCGUGUGCAUCCUACUUGGCAGGCGACAAAGCCAGGCGUUGACGAGCAUUGCGGAUGGGUGUUUCGUGCAGCGCGCGAACCGGUUAUGCCACUGGCUUUGAAAAAGCUGCAAGACGAGGCUGCUUCAUCUGCCAAGGAAAAGCCUGUUGGCGCCUUGUCCGCACUAGACGAGGUCGAACAAGGUAGUAGCUCUGGUACUACUGGACAGAAUCAGAAGGAGUCUCAAAAGAUGCUUGGAACCGAGGGUGUUGCGGCGUUUGUGACUGCGGCUGGCGAAAUUUCGACCCCAAAUUGUGAUCCGGAUUCGUUGUCUGGAUGGGACUGUCGCACGCUGCGGGAGCUGUACGAGCAUUGCGGCGAAAGCCUCGAGGCUGGCGGCAAGUUCACGACGCCACUGAUUUUUUGUCGCAAAACGCAGAAAAUCGUGAACAACGAGAGCAGCGAGAUCAUCGUGCAACUAGACGCUUGGCCCGAUGACGCAGUGGACGGCACAAUUAAACGCAGCGCUUUUGCACCGGAAACUCUCAAUCCAGGAGCUUUACAAGAUGAAAUGCGAAAACUCGAUGAUUUUACCUAUCAUAAGAUUAAUAACGGUGUCUACAAGUGCGGCUUUUGUCGGACCCAAGCGGCCUACGAGACGGCGAUUGACGAUUUGAUGGAAGGCAUGCAGUUUUUAGAAGAACGUUUCCGAUCGCAAACCGAAGAUUUUCGUGAGAAACCGUUUCUGUUUGGCAAGACACUCACAUUGUCGGAUGUGCGAUUAUUCCAAACGCUGAUCCGGAUGGACGAGUGCUACGUCAUCUACUUCAAGUGUUUUCCAGCCUCGCUGCUCUUCUUCCCGGAGGUGCUGAAGUAUACGGCGCGAGUGUGGGCAGCCCCGGAGGUUCGUUCCAGUACGCAUUUGCACGACUGCAAGCUGCACUACUUUUCGUCGCAUCCGCAUUUGAAUCCGUUCGCCGUCGUGCCCCGAGACACAGGCAUCUGGGACAGAUUGUUUAACAUGACUGAGGAUGGGGGCGCUUACGCGUAAUGAUAUUGAUAAAUAUGAAUCUGAAGAUUAUUGGGUCUGUGUAUUUGAACAAAAAUUAUAGACAUAGAGAUUGGUCGGUCUGUGUGCAAUAGGUAGACGUCGAUUUAGAUAGUGACAAGAACACCAACGUGUUGUCUAAUAUGAUUGGUUUUCAUCUCAACGCCUCCUGAAGUCGACAAUCAUAAUUUCUUUUCCCGCGAGGGACUCAUUGCAGAACUGAAAUCGAUAGUGUUGUGCCGCGGAAAGAGGAAGAAAAACCAAGUUGUAGUUCGUUUGUGGAGUGGAUUUUUAUGUAUUACCAAAAUAUGAACAUUUUUCUAAUGUUGUCACUUCGUGAAGCGUCUGCUGUCCGUUGAGGCAUUACGUACUUAUUUGUUAGAGGACCCAACGUAAGACUGUGUUUUUGGAAGACGAUGACAAAGUUCGUAAGGUAACGAUGUCGUCCCGAUAGUCGUUCGGCAUACAGUAGCACAUAGCAUUGAGGACACGACGAGAUCUGGUAUGAUAUGACAGAUUCUAUCACUUCUCGACGUUUUCCUUGUCCUGUGAGGCUUGUACUUUUUAAGCAAAUCGUAUCUCCAUACUCCACCAGCGUCGGAGGUGGUAAAGCUAAAGGUUGAGGUUUCUCUGAUUGCUGGUCUAGCGUGGACGACGACUCGUAAAAAACACGGAUCAAUGACAUCCUAGACAAGGAUGUUUUCAAGGUUCCAAACAUCGCGC